AUGCAGCUCCGUCUGCAACUUCAAACUGUUAGAAAAGGAGAAACUUCCAUCACAAAUUACCUGCAACAUAUGAAGUCGAUAUCAGAUAACCUUGCGGUUGUGGAUCAAAGAGUUCCUGAAUCAAACCUCAUCCUCUAUAUUCUCGAUGGCUUGGGCCCUGAGUAUGAAAAUUUAAUUGUGUCAAUCACAACGAGGUCAGAUAUGGUGGGUAUUGAUGAUCUUACUAGGCUUUUGUUAACCCAUGAAUACCAUCUUGAGAAACUCCACCAGAAGGACUUCAAUUCGGCACCAACGGCCAACAUCGCGAUAGGCACCUUUGGCUGCAUGCAUCGUCAUCCCUUUUCUGGCCAUGGUAGGACUUCUUCUUCUCCUUCUGGAACUAUCCAGAGUUUCUCUUCUAUAGGAGGACCAUCCAACGCCGAUGCUUCUAGAAGUGGGCCUUCUUCAUAUGGCCCAAGCAGACCCUCUUCAUUCUACAACCCAUCAAGGUCCGUUAACCCAACAUCUAAUUCUCGCGGUGGUUGGAAUAAUAAAGGACGCAACGGAAAUCAAUGA